AUGGAGCAAAAAUCGUGGGAUUUUCUUAGAUUUUUGAAACUCUUAAAUGUCUCAAUCUGUCUUCAAAAUUUCCGAUUCAAAGGUGCAUGCAGUAGUAGCGGUAAAUUGGCAUUUGGUGCAGCGAAAGCAAUUUUUGAUGCGGUGAAAAAACCAGAAGUACAACAUGGCCUGAUUGCGGCAAGUGAAAAUGAAACAGCACGUACAGCUGUGCAAAAAGCAUUACAAGACGAGAAAACGUUGACGACAGUUUCAAAUAUUGCUAAGGCCUAUGGAAGGCACCAACAACAGCAGCAUCAGCAGCAGCAAAAAGAUCUGAUUAAUUUAAGUAGUUCAGCAGAGGAUAUUCAUGCAAGAGUUUCCGGAAAUGGCGCAAGCAGGUGGCCACAACAACAGCUGUACCCAUCACUUCCUUCAUCUCGAGAUUAUGCACCACCACCUUCAACGGAUUUCAAGAAAAGCAACAAUUUUGCAGCUAUUCACGACCAGCUAGCUUCUCUAAAUUUGUAUCAACCUGAUUCAGUGAAGAAGGCGACACUUCGACCACAAUCACAUCACAGUGCAGUUCUGGAGACGCCUAGUUCUGGAACAUUGCAGGAAGAAUUGCCGCACGGAAAUGCUAGAUACAGGUUCCAGGCAUCAAAUUUUGAUGAGCUCUCGAUCGAGCCAGGCGAUGUGAUCGUCUUCGAAAAAAAGGUGGACGAUCAAUGGGUUUAUGCACUCAACAGAAGCACUAAUCGGAAAGGAAUUGUCCCGUUAGUCUAUAUUGAUGUAAAAAUCCCUCUUCCAUCAAGUGAUCCUGCUUUGCCUUGUAAAGUACCAUUUUACGCACGUGCACUGUUCGAUUUUGAUACCGGUGUUGAAGGCGACCUUAAGGUAAUUUAUUAUUUCGAAAUCCGCAAAUUUUUGUAUAAUUGUCCACCUGCAUUUCCCCCUUUUCCCCGCAAAAUACAGAAUGUUGUCUGA